AUGACAAGUAUUCAUGUUCAGACUCUUCUAAUAGUUUUUUUCUGGAAUUCUAAUUGCCAGCUUAUUCCCAGGAUUGAAGAAUGUGGACUUUCAUGUUCUCAGGGGAUUCAUUGUAAAAACAAACCUUCCAGUGGUAUUUUUAACAGUUUCUGCCACGAUGCUCCUGCAUCUUUAUCUUCUAUGGCAUUGAAAAGCAUGAAAAUCUCAACAGUGAUGAAAUGUGCCCAAGGAACCCCGUGCUCUCUUCAUUUAAGUAUUAAAGGAACGCUGAGUCUGGAUGAAAAUAUUCGUGGGCUGGAAAUAUGUUCUCUUUCACUGGACACACAGCAAUCUCAGUGCACAAAUGUGAGGUUUGCUAGGAAAAAAAGCAAGAUGCUUAAUGGAAAGAAGGUACAUGUUCAAUUCAACUGCUUUGAAGUCAAUGUAGCACAGCACAUCUAUGUGACCAUGCAAACAGUACCAAAUUACUGUGAAGUAAAGCUGAGUCAGGAAUAUUACGUCGAAGAUUGCAGGAAUAAUGAUGUGGGAAAAUAUAUUCCAGCCUGUUUGGGUGGAAAGUUAGAUUAUAAUGUAGACUGGGCCAGGAAAGUCAUAUCAGUGAAUGUAUCCAGCUUUCUCCGAGAUCAAGACUAUUACGUUCGCUUAUGCCACAAAUGGUUUUCCUGUGAAGAUGUGGGGGCAUUUGCUGUGAUAAAAGGGAAAGAAUCUUUAAAAUCAGUUUCUCUGAAGUAUUCUCAGCUACUCCCUUGUCUUUGCAUUGAGGGCUGGUUGGCAAUUCCAGAUGCAAGGAGGACACAACUUUGCCCAUUUGAAAAUGAUACAAAGGCGUUAUGGGAUAAUAUUGUUUAUAAUCCAAUCACACAAACCUUAGCUUGGGAGCCAGCCUGUCCUGUGUUUGUCACGGUUAACCUGUGCAGGUUAAUGAAGCCUAACCACCACUGUGAAGAUAUACAAAACACUUCCAAAAGUUCUCCCGAGAAGGUUAAAUAUUCUCGUGUGGACACUCACCCAAGACUUUGCAUGAAGUUUACAACCAAGCAAGGCUCUUGGGUUAAAUGUCCAUUCGCUCAUGGAGAAUUCCCAGCUUGGAAAAUGAGAACUGCUGCACUGGCAGAGCAGAUACACGUUUUCUUCACAUCCCAAACCAAGGCGCAAUUCUCCGUGCUUGUGUGUAACAGAACACAGCUGGCCUCAUGUGAAGCUGUCGGGAUGCGCCAUUCAGUCUCUGCGGGCUGGAGGACAGAUGUAGAUUAUUCAGUUCCACUACAGAUCUGUGAUAUCCAUUGUGGUUUUCACAGGCAGACAUACAGUGAUGGAAGCCCAGCAAAGGCCAUGACACACAGGCUGAAGAGCGUGCAUUCCUUGCAUUGA